CGCUCGACUCGCUCAGACGAAGCACAGCUAGCUCGUAGCGCACUCGGCACCUCUCCAGCCCAGCAUCAAGCUCGCCCAUCUCGUCCCUUGAGCCGCCGCCGCCUCGGUCGACGUCCUCAUCGCCCUCCCCGACCUCAUCCUCAUCUCGCACCGCCCAUACCACGCCUGAACAGCAACCAUGAGCGGCCCUGAAACCGGUGGACGCUACUCCUUCUCGCUCACCACCUUCUCGCCGUCGGGCAAGCUCGUCCAGAUCGAGCAUGCCCUCGCUGCAGUCGGCCAGGGCACUACCAGCCUCGGCAUCAAGGCGACCAACGGCAUCGUCCUCGCGACCUCGAAGAAGGCGCCGUCACCUCUAGUCGACGACUCGAUGCUCGAGAAGGUCGCCCUCAUCUGCCCCAACAUCGGCAUGGUCUACUCGGGCAUGGGUCCCGACUUCCGCGUCCUCGUCGCAAAGGCCCGCAAGUCAGCCCAGGCCUACUGGAAGAUCUACGGCGAGUACCCGAGCACGCGCGUCAUGGUGGGCGAGAUUGCGACCGUCAUGCAGGACGCGACUCAGUCUGGCGGUGUCCGGCCAUUCGGCGUCUCGCUUCUCGUCGCCGGGUUCGACAACGCACGAGGCCACACGCUGUACCAGGUCGACCCAUCGGGCUCGUUCUGGGCGUGGAAGGCGAGCGCCAUUGGCAAGAACCAGACCAACGCCAAGACGUUCCUCGAGAAGCGGUACAACGACGACCUCUCGCUCGAGGACGCGAUCCACACGGCGCUCCUCACGCUCAAGGAAGGGUUCGAGGGCGUCAUGGACGAGAAGACGAUCGAGAUUGGCGUCAUCACGACGAGCCCGACCGAGGAGGGCGUCGUCUCGGUCGGCCACGGUACCGGGCUCAAGGGCCAGCCUGGGUUCAGGAAGCUGUCCGAGGCAGAGGUCGCAGACUACCUGCAGCUGUAGACAAGCAGCAGAUUGUGCAACGAGAACGAGCGGUUUCGGCUGUACC